AUGCAGCGCAAGCACGUGUGCAUCUUGCCAGCCGACAUCCCGCUCGAGGAGGCCGCCGACCCGUCGUCGUCGUCCAGCUCGGCGCGCUUCUUGCGGCUGCCACACCCUCGGACCAACCAGCCGGCCCUGUUCCUCCCGUACUCGCCGUCUGGAUCCUCAUCACCCGCCGACGGCCUCCUCGAGGUCCAGAAGAUCUCGCUCGACGCCGACAAGUCGCGCUGUUGGUUCCUGCCGGACGAGGUCGCUUCUGACGGCUCGCUCGCCAUCAUCUCGCCGUUCGACCCUGUCUUCCUCGUCCUCGCCUACCUGUCCCUCCUCGCACCCCGCUUCCAGUCGUACGCCGACCUGUGGGACUCGGUCGCGCAACUGCACUUCAAGGUCGACGGCGGCGGCGACGCGGCCAAGACGGGCGACGACGAGAGCGAUGAGCAGGGCGGCGACUUUGCCGACGACCUCGGGCGUUUGGCGCAGCUGGACUGCGUCAAGGAGCGGCUGCUCAAGGUGUGCGAGACGCAGGAGCACGAGUCGACGACCCUCUACCGCCUGUCGCCCUCACUCGCCCUCGACCUCCUCCGCGCAAAAGUCGACGCGCUCGCCCGAGUCGACGGUGGCAUCUUUGGCCCGCUCGAGUCGACCCAGCUCGGCGAGGAGGCCAAGCCGGCGCCCGCUGCCGAGCCGGUCGGCGAGGGCGAGCAGCGCGAGUCGGGGCCGCAGGCAGGCUCUCGCCGCUUCUCGACCGUGUCGAGGGGCCUCGCCAAGGAGGGCGCCGGGAGCGGGCACGGGCUGAGCGAGCAACUGCAGAUCGAGAGCCGGCAAAAGUACGCCGUCGGCGUCGUCGCCAACUACCUCCCGGCAAAGCUCGUCCAGGACCUCCUCGCCUCGUACUCGUUCCCCGCCCUGACGGCCUACCUCUCGUCGUCGGCCACGUCGUCCGUCCUCGGGUCGACCUACCUCCCCGGGCGCGCCGCCGCCAAACUCGAGGCGGCCCUCGCCGGUGGCGACUCGGGCUUUGGCGCUGCGGCCAAGAAGCGCAAGGCGGCCGAGAGCAAGGGCAGCAGGGGCGUCGAGGCGCUCAAGAAGGUCAACACAAAGGGCAUGGCGUCGCUCAAGGACAUGUUUGGCCGGCAGGCGGCGGGCAAGAAGCCCGAGGCGGCCAAGAAGGAGGCGGCCGACGAGAGCGGGCCGGCCAAGAAGAAGCGCAAGGCGUAG